UUUGAGAAAUACCCUAAUGGGUUUCUGUGGUAAAAAAAACAAACAGCGGCUAGUUAACUUCUUUUCGACACAGUUCAACAUAUCUGAGCACCCAAAUGAAUCCAAAUAUGAACAUGAUGCCCAUGUCGGGACCGCAGAUGAUGCAGGUGAUGCAGUCCUCGCCCUCUGGACCUCCUGUGCCCGUUCAACAUCAGCAACAACAACAGCCGCAGCCGCUGCAACAACAGCAGCAGGCCGAAAAACUGGACAACAUCUCUAGAGUAAAGAGUUUGUUAGGACCGCUGCGGGAAUCCAUGUUCCUAACUAUCCGUUCGAGUGCCUUCACUUUGCAACAGAACAAUCUGGCGGACAACUUGAAAAGAGACACAGGAGCCCACCAUGUUCCUCGAUUUGACAAACACUUGGAGGAUUUCUAUGCAUGCUGCGACCAGAUCGAGAUACACUUAAAGACGGCGAUGCAGUGCCUUCAGCAGCAGAACUCUUCGAAUCACUAUCUUCCAGGCCCGGUGACGCCCAUGCGGAUGGAAACCUUUAUGCCGGAUAACACCGGUCCCAUUCCUUAUCCCACAUACUUGAACACCGUCAGGGUUCACGUACAAUCAGCCAAGGAUAUUCACGAUACUCUCAUUAGCGCUGCCCAAAACAUUUCACAGGCUGAUUGAUAGUUAUAGUGGUAUUAGGUCUUAUUAUUUUCCAAGAUUAGACUUAAGUAAUAAAAAUUCUACGAAAUAGGAAA